AUGACAAAAAGUUUAUAUGCAAAUCGAUUCAAAAGAAAUGACUUCGAGUAUACCAAUGAAUCAGUUAUCGACAAUCGAUUGAAAUGUUCAAUAUGUAAAGAAGUCUUUCAAGAUCCAGUCUUUAUAAAAACUUGCCGUCAUGAUUUUUGCAGAACUUGCAUUGUACAAUGGCUCAAAACAAAUCAAAAUUGCCCAAUAUGUCGACAACCAUGUUGUGUUAAUGAUUUAAAUCCAAAUCAAUCUCGUAUUAUACUUGAUAUGCUUGAUGAUCUUCGUCUCAAGUGUCGUCGAUGUAAUGAAACAAAUAUUCAACCUAGUGACAAAGAAGCUCAUUUGAAACGAUGUCCAAAUGUCUUAGUUAAAUGCUUAGCUUCUGAUCUUCAAUGCAAAUGGGUAGGAAAGCGUAGCGAACUUCAAAAUCACCUUCAAACGUGUAUUUUUCAACAAUUACAUCCGGUUAUUGAACAACUACGAACAGAAACUCAACUGAAAGUUGAACAAAUUAAAGUCAAACUAAAUCACACUCAGCAAAGUCUAAAUAAUCUUCGGCUAGCUUAUGUGCAACAAAAACGUUUCAUUUCCGCAUUUAUUAACAAUGGUAAACCGAUGACAAAUAUCUGUACAGUCUCAUCACCUAACUCUUGUAAAAUCAUGGUGAAUUCUGGAAUAUUACAUCAAGCAUCACACUCUUGUGCAGUAUGUGAACAAAUGAUCAUUAGAUUAUUAUAA